AGAAUGUGAAUUUUAUUUUAUUUUCGGCAAAAGGCGUAUCAUUCAUCACAGAAUGCAGAUCCACACCCACAAGCAUUUCCCAAUUUGACAUAUAGGCCACAGCCAGCAACAGGAUAUAUACAUGUCUCUCCGUUUCUCUGUAGCAUUUCCAUCUCUCCACGGAGAGCAAGGAAAGUUCUUGCUAGCUCAACACUACAGCAUUAUUUUUACCCCUCCUAAACACCAGGACGGCCGGUAAAACGGAAGCCGCGCGCAAAGGAUACGAUCGACAAGACAAGGGGCCGAGAGAACGUUGGAGCACGAGGCCGGGAAAGGCGCAGGGAUGGCCGGCGACGCGCCGCCGUCGCCGACGGCGGGCGAGGAGCCCUCGCCCGCGUCGGCGCCGCUGCUGCUGCGGCGGAGGGGCUCGUACCAGCGCUGCAUGUCGCACGCGCGCGACGAGCUCCGCAGCUUCCGCACCUGCCUCCGGUGGAUGUGCGUCGACCACUCGGACGGCUCCAGCGCCGCGGCCUCGUGGCUUGUCUUCGCCGUCCUCGCGGUGGCCGUGCCCGUGGCCGCGCGCGUCGCCAUGCCGCGCCGCGCCUACGACACGCAGGUGCAGCUCUCGCUCACGCUCUCCGCGGCGCUCGCCUACCUCACGCUCACCUCGCUCAUCCGCCGACGCGGCCUGCGCCGGCUGCUCUACCUGGACCGCCUCCGCCACGACUCCCAGGACGUGCGCGCGGGCUACACCGUGCAGCUCGCCGGGUCCUUCCACCUCCUCGCCUGCUUCGUCCUGCCCUGCUUCCUCGCCGACGCCGCCUACAAGGUGUUCUGGUACUGCGCGCACCGGCCCUUCCCGGCGUGGUGGUCCGCCGCCGCGUGCGCGAUGGAGAUGGCGUCGUGGAUGUACCGCACGGCCAUGUUCUUCAUGGCGUGCGUGCUGUUCCGGAUCAUAUGCUACCUGCAGAUCCUGCGCAUGACGGGCUUCGCGCGGGACUUCGGCCAGUGCGCCGACGUGGCCGCCGUGCUGGGGCAGCACCGCCGCAUCCGUGACCAGCUCCGGCGGAUCAGCCACCGGUACCGCAAGUUCAUAAUGUACUGCCUCCUCCUCGUGACGGCCAGCCAGUUCACCGCGCUCCUCGGCGCCACGAGGCCCCACGCGCAGGUCAACAUCGCCACAGCCGGCGAGCUCGCGCUCUGCUCCCUGAGCCUCGUCGCUGGCCUGCUCAUCUGCCUGCACAGCGCCGCAAAGAUCACGCACAAGACGCAGGCCAUCACCAGCAUCGCCGCGGCGUGGCACGCCGACGCCACCAUGAACACCGUGGAGCGUGACCAGGAGAACCCCAGGACGCCCAGCAGGUCGUGCCUGCAGCAGCAGCAGCAGCAGCAGGUGCCCCCAUCCCCGGACUCGGACCAGUCGGACGACGACGAGAUGUCCCCGAGCGAGGACAGCCUCGACACCUCCUCCAAGUUCACGUCCUUCCACGCCACCCACAUCUCAUACCAGAAGAGGCAGGCGCUAGUGACCUACCUGGAGAACAACCGCGCGGGCAUCACGGUGUUCGGCUUCGUGGUCGACCGGACGUGGCUCCACGCGCUCUUCAUGCUCGAGUUCUCGCUAGUCAUGUGGCUGCUGGGGAAGACCAUUGGUAUAUCUUAGAGAAGGGCCACCAUCUCAAUCCCUGUCACCUGUGUGUAUAUAUGAUGAACCAUCCAGCUCCUAUAUCCCUGCUCCAACUCUGUCAUUCAUGUACUGUCGAGAAUCAUGUACAUCGCCACCCUUUCAGGGGUGUAAACUGAACACAGAUAGCUAAGUAAACUCAUCUUUCAGAUA